CCCCCGACGAUAUUGAGAGGGAGGUACUUUGUUCAGCUCCGGGUGGACAGUGAGUUAAGAAUAUUGACAAAAGGUCCGCUCUGUCCCCCAGUGCCAUGGGGCCCGCAGCCUCCUCUAAGUUCGUGUCUUUUUCAGUGAUAUCACUAUUGUAGGGAGGGAGGGCUCAGUAGUGAGGGGAAACAGGUAUCUACAAAAGUUCCGGCUUUAGGGCUUGACUGAUUGUUUUUAGCCUAGGCUUCUGACCUAUCAGCCAAUUGAGACAAAAGCCUAAGAGUCUUAAGUCAGAGCAGAUGCAAGGAGGUUAAUUGGCAUGUUGGGGCAAAGCUGUGCUCCCACCCUGGGUGAAAAGGGCCUGCAGGAAUCCAGGACCUGUGAAUUGACUGAGACCUGCCGCUGUGAAGAUUCUGUGGAAAGAUGUACCCAGUGCCAGUGCUCAACCAGAAACUUGACGUGCCCUCCAGGACAGGAAUAGGUAGAGCUGCUCUGGGGACACUGCCUAACAACCCAGGCCAGAGACAUGUUGUUAGGGAUUAAACAUGAGUUAUCCUAGACCUAGUUUGUCAUACUGUAGUGCCUGACAUGUUGCUUUGAUGCUGGAAGCUAUGCUACCAGUAUUUGAAAUACCAGCAGGGUCACCCAUGGUAGACAGGUUUCAAUGGAUCUUCCAGACUAAGACUAGGAAGAAAGGCCUGGUGAUCUGCUUCCAAAAAUUAGCCUGUGAAAACCCUAUGGAUCACAACACAAUAUUAACUGAUACAGUGCUGGAAGAUAAGCCCCCCUACGUUGGAAGACACUCAAAAUAUAUAGUGGCUGCAACAAUGGACUUGAGCAUUGAUGCAGAACUGGACAACAUUUUCUUAUGUUGUAUAUGGGGUUACCGUGAGCUAGAGCAAGCUGAAAGGCAACUAACAGGAUCCUACACCCAGGGCUAGGAGCAAAUGAGCCAGAGUGGAACCAGGACCAGCCAGGGGCAGGGCAGGGAGAGGAGCUACUUUGGCUGACAUUGGCCAGAGGAUGGACUGGAAUGGUCCACUUACCAGACUGGAAGCUGUUUACUGAUCUAGGCAGCCAGCAGUAUCUGGCCUCUGAGUGAGCAUGAAGGAUUUUAGAAUGAGCUCACAACCUCAACUAUGUACAGUUUGACAAUAUCUAUCAAGACCCUCUUCACUUAAGGUUCUAAAAGAGAUGAUCCUAAAGGUAGAAAACAGUUUAAGGGGUAAAGGCAUACAUCUGUUUUUAUUUGUACAAUGAGGUUGAAACAUGCCUAACUAAAAUCCACUGCAUUGAACAUGACUAAAUAGUAAACAUAAAAACCUAUAUUCUUACAUAUAGUCAUUAAAAAAAAAAAAAAACUAAACCUGUUGCCGUCGAGUCGAUUCUGACUCACAGUGACUCUAUAGGGCAGAGUAGAACUGCCCUAUAGUGUUUCCAAGGGGUGCCUGGCAGAUUCGAACUGCUGACCUUUUGGUUAGCAGCCAUAGCACUUAACCACUACUCCACCAGGGUUUCCGAAUAUAUAUUCAUAUAUACAUGGAAAUCUGUAGAACAUAUACUGGUAAGAAAUAUAUGACUACAUUAUUCUGGUGGUGGAGCUAAGAGAUUUUCUAUUUUGUGAUAGAAAGAUGACCACAGUUUCUGCAUAGAGCACAGGUGAUAGUCAUGAAAAAUUACAGUGUAGUGUCAGGGAGAUAUAUGAGCCCCUUAAGGAAAAGUGAGAUAUGUGACUAGGGAGAUUUAAAAAUGAGGUGUGAUUAGAGCACAGUAUUAGAACAGCUGGACUAACUGAUACAACAAAACAGUAAGAACAACCUAGUGAAGUAAAAUAAUGUGAUGAGUAUUUAAGCACAAUCAGUUAUACCACCAACACCCCAAACCAAAACCAAACCCAUUGCCAUUGAGUCGAUUCCAACUCACAGCGACCAUAUGUGAUAUGGGAUAGAACUGCCUCACAGGGUUUCCAAGGAGCAGCUGGUGGAUUCAAACUGCCAACCUUUGGUUAGCGGUCGAGCUCUUAACCAAAACCCCAGUAUACAGUAUUUUUACACACAUAACACAAGCUUUGUGCAUUUGUUUGCAGGUGACACCACCUCCCCCACCCCAGGUAAUUUUGUAAGCGGCGCUGUGAUAAUUUUUUUUUUUUAACAGCAACAUGUGGAAGAGGAUUGGCAUGGUGGCAUCAAAGUGGGCGUGGGGUGGCACACCCAGCAAACACAGAGGGGGUGUGUUAUUUGUGUAAAAACAUGAUAGUUUUUAAAGUGUAUAUAUGCUUAUUUAGUAGCAGAUAAGAAGCUUUACCUAAAUCUGUAGGCUGGUAAUUCAAGAGCUGGGUCCAGAACCUUGGUGAUCAUAGUGUAUUCAAAUGCUCACAGCAUAGAGGCCUCACCUGGAAGCCCGUUUGUAAACCCAAUUGGGCCAGAAACUAUGAUAAUUAGUUUAAUGGUCCCCUUCCCUCAGCUUUUGGGAUUGCUGGGGCAGAGCCCAGGCAUAAGGAGAGAGCCCAGGGCCUUACUAGGGCAGGGGAAAAUUGGGAAUGGUUCUAGGAGCAGCCAAAGUGCAGAGUCAGGGACCCUGAGAUGUGGCAGAAAGAAAAAGGACUGGAGCCUAGGGAACCUGGAACUGCCCCUCUUUUUCCUAAGUCGUAAAGGAUCUCGCAUUGUGAUAACCACUAUCAGCAUCCUAUGGAGUCUGUCCCAUUUAAAAUAUUUGCAGAAGGAUCAAUUUAUAAUAAUGUGGGAGCAUUAUUUAUAACUGAAAUGAAUAAAUGAGACACUUUUUUUUUUUUUAGGGAAAUGGUCAGUUAAUAAAUGGUAAUAUUUUCCACACUGCAGACAGUGACCCAUUACAGGGUGGAGAAAUCAGUUCAGUGGGUAGAAUGGAAUAAAGUUUUUUUUUUUUUCCAGAUACAUAUUUGUGAUUAAAAAAAAAGUCUGUUUUUCACUAUGUGUCCAUGUGAAAAAAGCUUGAGAAACAUGUAUGGGACAUUCAUACAUUGUAAUAAUAAAUAUACAUUAAGAAGACUGAGGUAGAUCUGUAUGUACUGACAGGUAGGGUGUCCUUGCCACAUGUGGGCUAAAAAAAAAAAGUAACACAACACUCUUUAUAGUGUGACCCCUUUAAAAAAAAAAAAAAAAAGGCAGUUUACAAAAUAUGCUUUUAUAUAUGUUGGCUGUUGACUCCCCAAAAGCUCACCAGAAAAAACCCUUGAUCAUGCAAAGCUGAGUUUGUUAGAAUUCCUACACCACCUUGACAGACUCUUACUACAGUCUUAAAAAAAAAGAAGAGGAAAAUUAGGGAAGGCCUUUAUAGGGCUUUAGGGCCUCAGCUUGGUGAUUUUUAAGUCAGGUCUUGAAUAGUUGGGAGCUGGUUCAGAUUGGGCAGAAACUGCAACAUAAUAGUUUUAAAUUGGUGGGCGCAGUAAAGUGAGAAUCUUGAAACCAGUCUUAACCUGGCAAGCUGUUAAAAAAAGUUAGUCCUGAUAAAUUAGCCAUUUUAAUUGAUUCACAGUCUUAUCUUUCAAGAGCAGAUAUUUCCUGGAGCAAGUAGUUAAUUUAUUAUGCGUGGACCCAGUAUUAUGUAGCAUAGAAACAGGAACGUAUGCUUGGUCCCAGAAUAGUUUACCACACAAACAGGAAAGUACAUCACUUUCAGUUCUCAGAUCCCCUUUCGUCAUUAUUGAGCCUAAGCCGGAAGGUAGGCUGUUACCUUCUGGGGGACAUGCUCAGUCCAGAUCUACACUGCCACUUCAUUUGUCCUGAUCAUGUAGUGAUUCUGAUAGUAGAUGUUUCAACGUCUACAGAGAAGAUAUGUGUCAGAGACUACCAGAGUCCACCCAGCCAAAUUCAGAGCUUGAUGGAGGAGAGACACUCUCUCCAUAUUUCUUCUGUAAAGUAAAAGCCAUCUUGGAGAUCCUAUCCUGGGUGCGAGCGAUGGCGCCCGGCCAGAGGGCGAACCCAUGCAGCAGGGCGAUCCCGUGCAGCAGGGCGGCCCUGUGCAGCCGGGUGAUGCAGUGCAGCAGGGCGGCGCUAUACAGCGCCGAAGCCGACGGGAAGGGUUUCCACUCCGGGAAGGGAUGCCUUUUGUACACUUGCAGCACUGGUGCAGGUUUAAGCACUUUAUGAAACCAUUGGUGCUUCACGUUGAGGCGUGUCUGCUGGAAAAGAUAUUCGGCCCAAGCAGAGUCCUCCUCCCGGGGUUCGAGCGCGAGUUCAAAGUCGUGCUCCAGGUGGGAGAGCCAGACUCUGAUGGCAUGGUUGAGAUCCUCAUCUCCGGGACACACUGGUACCGGAAACGCGCUAAAAGGCUUAUUCACAUCUUGGCGGCGAGGUCCCGAAGGAAGCAGUCUGGAGGCACAGUGAUGCUCGGUCUGGAAUCCAUGAAGUCACUUGAAACCGAGGAUGCUCAGUCCAGUGCUUUCCUCUCAGCUGAAGCGAUGAGCAGCCUGGAUAAAGCAAUGCAGUCCCUGGAAAUAGGUCGGGAGACUGUCGGGAAACCUGUUACCAAAGCAUUGUGAUCUUUUUGAUCAGAACCUCAGUGCAUGGAGUGGGGCUGUGUCAGGAGCCUUGGCUUCUGCAGCCUUAUCUGAAUUCUGCUUUUUUGCCCCUAUGGCUGAGGGGAAACAAAUGUUUUUUCACCCUCCCUACUCCUACGCAGAGACUUGUUUAAAGAUUCAAACAUGAAUUCUAAUAAAAAAUGAAAAAACAACAUAUCUGGAUUAGUGUUGAUGGGAGAAAAAGGCUUCCUUGCUUUGUUGUGAGAUCAGAAAAGGCUAGGAAUUACCAAGGAUUGGUUCUGCUUUUCACAGUUUUCUGUACUAGGUAGCUGUGACUAGGAGUUGUCAUGCCCCAGGUGGGAGAAGAGGAAUAUUCCUGUUUACUCUUUCAUUAACGCUAAUCUAGAAAAAUUGUUUUCAACUUUACAACUUUUACAACUUUACAAGUCAGAUUCUUUUUUUUUUAAUACUUUAUUGUGUUCUCAGUGAAGGUUUACACAGCAGCUUAGCACAUUCAACAAUUUCUGCACAAGUUGUUCAGUGACAUUGGUUACCUUCUUCACAAUGCCAGAACAAUCUCUUUUAUUUCCACUCCGGUUAUUCCAUUUCCAUUAAUCUAGUUUCCUGCUCCGCUUACAUUCUCAUUUUUGUUUUAAAGUACCUGCUGACUGUUUGGUCUCGCAGAGGUGAUUUUUAAAGAAGCGUAGUACUUGUGAGUGAUAUUCAUUAUUUUGUGAGCCAAUUUGUUAUUUAGCUACAAGGUAACCUCAGGGGCUAGUUUUGAUUCAAGGUUUGAAAAGUAUCUCCGGGCAAUAGUCUCAGGUUGUAAGUGAAGUACCUAAGUGUUGAAGCAUCAAUAACAAACUGACUUCAUUCUGCUUAACUUUUCGUUAAAAAGAACAAGUCUAUCAUGUCUUUCUUUAAUAACUUCAGUGGCACAACACAUACUAUCAGUGAGUGCACAACUUACUACCCAGCUGUAGCGAAAGCAUCAGUGUGAAGUUAUUCUGUACAGAAUAGCUUCUUGAAUUCAACAAUUUUACUGUCACUUAUUUCUGUACAUUUUAGAGUAUUAUUAUGAAUUUUAAAAACAAACAAAGGAUUUCAUCUCACACCAAAUGAUGCUGCAUAUUCCGGGUCACUGACCAAUUACUUCUAGAUCACAUCCCAAAACCUGUUGACCAAACCUGCUCCCCCCCUUUUUUUAAUUUUAAAAUAUCAUUCGUUGAGCAUUUAAGAUGUGCCACGUUCUUCAUUAAGUGUAUUAUUUAACCUGCUUUUCCUAAUCUGUGAAGUAAAUGUGAUCAUACCCCAUUUUACAAAUAAAAGGGCUGCCUGUAUUCUUAGUUUCCUAGUGUUGCUAUAACAGAAACAUCACAAGUCGGUGGCUCUGGAGAACAGAAAUUUAUUAAAGUUCUGGAGGCUAAAAGCCCAAAUCAGAGUCUCAGUCAUAUGAAUUCCUUUCUUGUCAGUAGCCUGGGGUGUUUAUUGGUUCUUUGGUAAUCCUCACAUGGUAUCUAUCUUCCCCAGUUCGGAUGUGCCUCUGUGUCUAAUCUGCUCUUUAUACCUUCUAUGAUUGAGUUUAGGACACAUCCUAUGCUGGUGUGACCUUAUUAGCAUAACAAAGAAACAUCUAUUUUCCAUCAGGGUUACAAGAUUCCAAUACAUAUUUUGGGGGCACAAUGCAAUCCAUAACACCUACCUUUUGCCAUUUUUCUUCUCAUAUGAAUACAUUCUCUCACACUAGACUAUAAACACCUUUAUGGUAGCUGAGAUAUUUAUACUUUCUUCUACCCCUGAGGCCCUAGCUAGGUACAGUUAAUCCUUGGAUGGUUACUAACUACCAUAUGUAUUAACCAUUAGCCUUAAUGCAGAUGUGUUAUAAAUGAAUAAAAACCCACUGUACCAUGUGGCCAGGGGACCAUUUGAGCCCCUGUGUAAGCUGUAAACCUGUUGCCUGUCAAGUCGAUUCUGACUCACAGUGACCCUAAAGGGCAGAGUACAACUGCCCCAUAUCGUUUCCAAGGAAUGGCUGGUGGAUUUGAACUGCCAGCCUUUCAGUUAGCAGCCUGAGCUCUUAACCAGUGUACCACCAGGGUUCCACAUAUGCUGUAGAGGAUCUUAAUUAUCAAGAAAAGUUGCUGCUUAAGUUGUUGUUGUGUGCCAUUGAGUGAAUUCCGACUCAGCAACCCUGUAGGACAGAGUAGAACUGCCCUAUAGGGUUUCCUGGGCUGUAAUCUUUAUAGGUGCUGGUCUCCAUGUGUUUUCUCCUGCAGAGUCACUGGCAGGUUCCAACAACUGACCUUUCAGUUAGCAGCUGAGCAUUUAACUAUUGCGCCACCACAGCUCCUUUUAAGUUGUAUAUUAUCAGGAAAAUUUACUGAAAUGUUUUUUUUUUUCCCAUUUCCCUCACUGAUAAGAUGGGGCCCCAGAUUCUUUUCAGCCUCAGCUCUGAGGAAACAACUUGCUGCUGGCCUUGAAAUUACUUGCAGUACGUGCAGGAGUUUCUGGUGUUAGUCACCAGCCAAAGCACAGGGUAAACAGGAAGCUCCAGAGAGUCUCCAAUGGCUCCAGACCAUGUAACACUGGAGACUUCUCCAAGGAGAAAAAGCCCAGACCUCACCUUCGGUAGCUUAGUCUUCCCAGUUACCCACAGCCUGCAAGAGCAAGGCAAGGUGGACCGAUGGUCAGCAGCAAACACUGAAGGGCACCGAUGUCUAAAGCUUCUUUGUAAUCUUCCACAUCAUUCAGCUUGGCCGUGAUCAGACCAGAUUCUUGUAGGGAUCCUAACUUAAGGCUCUUUCAGGCCAGGGCAGUGGUCAGAUGCUUGAGGACUCUGGUCAGCUGGGGCCUGAGGCCUCUGGGACUGGUCUGCUGCAGGGGGCGUUGAUUCUGUGCUGCCUGAUUGUCACUGACAACGACCUUGGGGAUCUGCCACACUUAGGCUCAGAGGAGCAGUGCUUCAUCUCUGUCUAGAGCUGCAAAUCUGCAUUUUUUAAAUAAACUUUGAAAUUUUUUAAAACUGUUUUAGAUUUACAGAAAAUUGUGAAGAUAGUACAGAGAGUCCCCAUAUUACCCCACACUCAGUUUUCCCUAUUGUUAACAUCUUACAGUGUUGUUAGUUGCCAUCAAGUUGACUCCGACUCAUGAUGAACCUAUGUACAACAGAACAAAACAUUGCCCAGUCCUAUGCCAUGGUGGACAGGUUUCAGUGGAACAUCUAGACUAAAACAGACUAGGAAGAAAGACCUGGCAACCUGCUUCUGGAAAUUAGCCAGUUAAAACCAUCUGGAUCGCAACAUUGCUGGAUCACAACAGUGCUGGAAAAUGAGCCCCCUAGAUUUGGAAAACUGAAAACACAUGGCAACCCCAUGUGUUACAGAGUAGAACUACCCCACAGGGUUUGCUUUGCUAUAAUCUUGACAGAAGCAGAUGGCCAGACUUUUCUUCUACAGUGGCUCAAACUGCCAGCCUUUAGGUUAAUAUUCGAGUGCAAACCAUUUGUACCGCCUAGGGACCUCCUAGUUUGGAAGGCACUCAGAAUACCCAGUGCCCUUAACAUCUUACAUUAGUAUGGUACAUCUGUUGCAAUUGAUGAACUGAUAAUUAUUAAUAACAUACUGUAUUCUUACACAAAUACCAGACACCUAUGUUUGCCAAAUGUGCCCUCCCCUCUUGAGGUAUUUUCAUAAGCACCGCUAUGCCAAUUCUUUUCUACAUGUUGCUGUAGAAAAAAUUAGCAUUGUGCACUUAUGCAAAUAACUUGCAGGGGGAGGGCACAGUUGGCAAAAAACAGGUAGACAGUGUGUGUUAUUUGUAUGAGAAUAUGGUAUAUGUGUAUAUGUAGUAUACAUGUAUACACAUAAAUGUAUAUAACGUUAUUAACUAAAGUCUAUAUUCAAAUUUCCUUCAUUUUUAACCUAAUUUCCUUUUUCUGUUCUAAGACCCCAUCUAGGAUACCAUGUUACAUUUAAUGGUAUCUUUUUACACUUUUCUUGGCUGUGACAAUUUCUUAAAUUUUUCCUUGUUUUUGAUAACCUCGAUAGUUUUGAGGAGCUCUGGUCAGGUAUUUUAUAGAAUGCCCCUUAGGUGGCAUUUGUCUAAUGUUUUUCUCAGGAUUAGACUGGAGUCUUGGAUUUUGGAGAGGAAAAUGCUAGAGGUAAAGUGUCCUUUUCAUCACAUCAUAUCAAGGGUACAUACUAUCAACAUAACUUCACUGCUCAUGUUGACCUUGAUCACCUGGCCGAGGUAGUCUUUGUCAGGUGUCUCCACUGUAAGGUUUUGUUACUCCCAUCACUCUAUCCUACUGUAUUCUUUGAAAGCAAGUCACUAAGUACAGCUCAUACUUAAGAAAGUAAAGACUUAUUUUCCACCUCCUUGAAGGCAAAGUAGCUACAUAAAUUACUUAGAAUUUUUCUGCAUGGGAAAUUUGUAUAUUGUCCCUGUGCUGAGUUAAGUAGUGUCAUGUCCACCAAAAAUUCAUGUCUACCCAGAACCUGUGAAUGUGACCUUAUUUAGAACAUCACUUCAUUGACUUUUUGCACAAAAAUAUUGCUUUUUUGUGGAUGUAAUCUAGCUAAGAUGAGGUCAUGCUGGAUUAGGAUAGACCCUAAAUCCAAUAUGACUGAUAUCCUUUAUAAGAAAAGGAAAAUUUGGACACAGAGUCACAGACACACAGGGGAGAAGGCCAUGAUGUGAAGAUGGAGGCAGAGAUUGGAGUGAUGCGUCUACAAGCCAAGGAAUAUCACGGAUUGCUGGCAACCACCGAGAGCUGGAAAAGGCAAGGAAGGAUUCUUUCCUAGAGUCUUCUGAAGGAGCAUGGCUCUGCCCCACCUUGACUUUGAACCUCUAGCUACCACAGCUGUAAAAGAAUAAAUUUCUAUUGUUCUAAACUAUCCAGUUUGUGGAAAUUUGUUACACCAGCCCUAGGAAAUUAAGACACUUUCCCAAUUCUGUCUUUUAUUUCUAUCACUAUGGACUCAUGUGCUAAUAAUCUGUUCAAAAACCAGAUUUUGGUUUUGUUCAUCCUGUCUUAGUUUCCUAGGGCUGCUCUAACAAAAUAACAGAAGAUUUUUUUUUUUUCCAGUUCUGGAGGCUAAAAGUCCAAGUCAGGGUAUUAGCUGUGCUGAUUCCUUCUGAGGACAGAGAAACAAAGUGUUGUUCCACAAAUCUCUCCUAGUUUUUGGUGGCUGUGGGCAACCCUUGAUGUUCCUUUGCUUGCAGCUACAUCUGGUCUGUUACAUGGCCCUUCUUCCUCAUGUGCGACUCCCUGUUCUCCCCUUUUAUAAGACACCACUCAGAAGGAUUUCCACCCACCCUUCUCUGGCGUGACCUCCUUUAACUUAAUUGUUCACAAAAGAAAAACCCUAUUUCCAAGCAGUCAUGUUCACAGGUACAGGAUUAGGACUUCAGUAUAUCUUUUUGGGGAACACAACUCAAUGCAUAACCCUCUCAUAAUUUUGUCUGUGUAUUUCAUAUUCCAUUGGUUUCUGCUUUAACCAUUUUAUUUCUUAAUUUUUUGUUUCUUUGGGAUUUGUCAUGAAUUGAAUUAUGUCCCCCCAAAAAUGUGUUUAUCAGUUUGGCUGGGCCAUAAUUCCCAGUACUGUGUGAUUUUCCUUUGUGUUGUGAAUGAAUCCUGCCUCUAUGAUGUUAAUGAGGGUGGACGCACAGCAGUUGUGUUAGUGAGGUAGGAUUCAAUCUACACUUGUGGUAUUUCUGUUAUAGCAGCGCUAGAUGACUAAGACAGAAUUUGGUAUCGAAAGAGUGGGGUGCUGCUCUAACAGAUACCUAAAAUGUGGACGCAGUUUUGAAACUGUGAAUGGAUAGAGAUGAGACAGUGGCCGAGGACCAGCACAGCAGAGAACCUGCAGCAGCAGAGAAGCGACGACAGCAGAGAACCAGUUAACAGCAGAACCAGGAGACCAGCAAGAGACGGCACUAGAGCUGAUCCACGGAGCGAGAGAACUGAGUGCCUGUACACAAGAGGCCUCCUGGAGCAGUGGGGUGCCUCCAGGCACUUAUCGGUGGAGCUAGAGCCAGGGAGCCUUGGAACACUUGCCCUAGCAAGGCAGAUGCGGGUGUGAGGCCCCAGGAGCUGAGAGGCCAAGAAACCAGGAAACAGAAGCUGAAGAGACAAGGAACACAAGAAGCCAAGAUGCCUCAGUCUCAAAAGGUAUGCCCAUGACCUCAGGGGUUUCAAAGGGUGGAGCCAUGGCCUCUGGUAUUUCUAAGGGUGGAGUCACCAUUCAGAUGGUCUAGGAGAAUGGUGCACCUAAAGAGUUGCUGUCCCAGCCGGCCUGGAAGGCAGAGCUGAAGUCCAGGGCCCAGGGGCCUUCACUUAGAAUCUGGAGAGUGUGGCCAAUACCUAGAGUCUGGAUGGCAGGGCUAUUAUGUAAAUUGCCUUAGAGAACAGAGGAUUAUUUUCAAGCCUUGACAGCUAAUGUAAUGUGGUCUGCUAACCUGCUUGGUGCCUGUGACCCCUUCUUUUCCUCCAGUUUCUCCCAUUUGCAAUGGCAGUGUCUGGCUUGUGCCUGUUCUGCCAUUGUACCCUUAGAAGCAGAUAACUUGUAUUCUAGAUUUCAUAGAUUAAGAGGAAUUUUUGGAUUUGGGACUUGGAGUUAAGACUUUUGCUAUGAUAUGAUGGGGUGAAUAUGUUUUGCAUAUUGCAAGGAUGUGAUUUUUGGGGGCCCAAAGGGUGGAAUGUCAUGGAUUGAAUCAUGUCCCCCCGCAAAAUGUGUAUAUCAGUUUGGCUGGGCUGUGAUUCCCAGUAUUGUGUGAUUUUUCUAAAUGUUGUAAAUCCUGUCUCUAUGAUGUUUAUGAGGGAGGAUAGGCAGCAGUUGUGUUAGUAAGGCAGUACUCAAUCUACACUCGUGGUAUUUCUGUUUAGCAGCAUUAGAUGACUAAGACAGGAUUAUUCUGAUUUUUCUAAUUUUUUGAGUUAAAUGUUUACCUCAUUUCUUUUCCUUCUUUCUUGUUUUUGAUAAUUACACUACAAAGAGGGAAAUUUAUUACUUUUAAAGUUUUAUAAUAAAAUGUUUAAUUUCCAGAUCUCCUUUUGUAAUUGAAUUUUUAUUUACAGAACAUAUUGUAUUCACGAUUUUUUGUAAUUUACUGAGGAUUCCAUUGUGACCAAUUUGAAGUAAACUUUGGUGAAUAUUCCAUGUGUGCUUGAAAAGGAUAUGUAUUCUCUACUUGUUAGGUGGAAAAUUCCUUGUCAAAAGAUCAAGCUUAUUCAUUUGAUUUAUUGUUUCU